CUAACCUAGUGUCUAUUCGAUGCCCACGAUGGAGGUAUAAGACGUACCAUAGAGGAAAAUAUCGUUCAAAAGUUCAGUAAAAGCCAGAUAGUCUUUCCUACAGCUUCAAGGCGAGAGUAAUAAACCACUGUUUCGGAGUAUCCCAAGCGUUGAAGAUGGGUUCCGGGCAUCGAGAUAACGCGCAGUUUAGCAGAGCAAAAUGGAGGAAGACGAUACUGCUGCCGUGUUGGAUAUUUCAAAUCCUCAUUCUCUUAGCGAUGAUGGGUUUGUUUUCCUAUCGACUCUCACGAACGUCUAAGACAUGGAAAGACCAGCUAGAUCAGGGCGAGGAUCCUACAGUGGAGUUUAUAUGGGAAACGGCCAUCAUCACAUUUUCGUUCAUCUCCCUCGUCAUAGUAUUCGUCUCGAUAGCACGAUUUAUCGCCGAGGUGUUGACGCCUCUACCUCUGUUGUUUGGUAACAUCAUAAACCUGGCUCUUACAUCUGCCGUCCUAGCCCUUGAUAUCGUGGUUUACGUCAGAUACGCCGAUAGGGCCUACUCCUUAGUAGGAUUAAUAUUUGACUGCUUACUCUUAUUCUUCACUAUCAUCCCUACCUUCUAUUCAUUUACCAUCUAUCGUCGCCUAUUGAGUUACGACGAUUACCAUAUACCCGGCAAUGUCAAGCCGUAUGGCUACGCUAGUACCGAAGACCCCGAAGAGACGGCGUAUCGAACAUCGUGGCGUGAAGCUCCUACACCGUACGAUCCAACAAAUCCUUACGUGACGGUUACUCGGCCACGAUCGAUGUCCGCCGUUAGCUGCCGUAUAUCUGUAGCCCUCGGUAGCCAGCCAUCUUCGCCACAAACAACUCCGCCACCGACGACGGAGCGCCCUAUGAGCUAUGACCAUAAGCGCGAUACUAAAUUCGACGAAUACGUGCAACGGCGGUCAAGAUCCUAUAGCAAAGCCGAUGUAGAACGAGCACUCGGAGUCGAAUUCGGCUGGGAAGAUACUCGCGACCAGCGCGACAGCAUAAUCAACUCAGGGACAAUAUCAGUCCUACAAGUAAGGGCUAGGGGAGAUUCGCUAUCAACAAGGCAAGGGAGCCUGCAGGCAAGCCUUAGUAGGAACACCAGCAGCAGCACUACUACUACCACUACCACCACUAGCGCCGCUACAAGCAAUCCAAGCAAUCCAACACCGACAUUAGAGGCGCAAAAUGCGAUGUUAAGGGCGCAUAGCCUAAUUAGCGUGCCAGAAGUUCACGAGGAAGACGGUGAUUUCGGAUCGAUAUGGAAUAUGAUAGGGAGCAAAACGGGGGAGAGCCAAGAGACAUUACUGGGAAACGACGAGGUUUCACGAUCUAGCUCGGGGGCUAGUAGGUAUGACCGAGAGAGAAUGGAGCAGGUUGAAGGAUUAGAAGUGGUCCAGCUUGAAAGCGGCAAAGACGAAAGAAAAGCAUGAACUAGGCGGCUACGAUACCCUUAAAAGGAGCGAAUGAAUAAACGAUCUUAAAAAAAAAAUUAAAAAAAAGACGACGCCCAAAUAAGGAGAUGUGCCAUGCGACACGAGCAUUGGAAGCCAAUACGUUCAUGUGGCAGGCUGAGUUGUUGGCAAGGUGUUGUGGUAAGGCGUUGGUCAGGUGUUGCUAAAUUGUUGUUUUCAAGAAAUUUGUAGCCCUCGACGAAAUUCGAAGGUUGUGUAUAAGAGGGGCCUACCCGAUCUUAGGCUGCCUUAGGUAAGGUAAUAAGGGUUACCUGACAAAACAUGGGUAUCGUAUCUAACAGGUUAGGUUAAGAGGUAGGUAGGUAGGUAGGUACCUAGUUUAUAUCAGGCAGGUCAGGUAUAGGUAAGCGCAUCCUACUACAUAAGGUACCUCCUACCUACAUGUAGAUAGACUAGGUAUACUAAAAUACACCACGUUAGACUAGCAUAAGCUAGAAGACUUCUAACAAAUGAAAGGCU